AUGGCUUUGCAGGGAAUUACCAAGAUUGCCUUUCUUUGGCGCUUUGCAUUGGCUCUUGUCAUUGUCAUGCUCUUCACUCCUAAUGCUACUCUUGCUAAAAGAUCAACGAAGAUGGCUGCAGGCUUGAACGUGAACGUGAUUGAUCGGUGCUGGAGAUGGAACCCCAAUUGGAGGAGCAACAGACAACAGCUUGCCACAUGCUCAGUGGGUUUUGCUGGGAAGAUGACAAACAAUAUUGGAAGAGGCCUCAUACAAUAUGUAGUCACCGAUUCUAGUGACAACCCAUUGAACCCCAAACCAGGGACUCUGAGAUAUGGAGCAACGAUGAUCGGAGGGAAGAAGUGGAUCACAUUCCAAAGGAGCAUGAAUAUCAAGCUUGAGAAACCGCUUCUCAUUAGUAGCUUCACAACCAUUGAUGGUCGGGGGGCUGAAGUUCACAUUGCCGGCAAUGCAUGCUUGAUGAUUUAUAAGGAAAACAACAUAAUCAUCCAUGGCCUACGUAUCCACCAUUGCAAGCCACAAGCACCAAGCUCAGUGAUGGGUCCAGGGUCAAAGAUAAUGGCAGUGGGUCAGGUGGAUGGAGAUGCAAUAAGGUUGGUUACUGCAUCGAAGGUGUGGCUAGACCAUAAUACAUUGUAUAAGUGCAGUGAUGGUCUUCUUGAUGUCACGAGGGGUUCUACAGAAAUCACCAUCUCCAACAACUGGUUUAGAUACCAGGACAAAGUCAUGCUUCUUGGGCACGAUGAUGGGUACAUGCGGGACAAGAACAUGAAGGUUACUCUCAUGUACAACCAUUUUGGACCUAAUUGCAACCAACGGAUGCCAAGGAUCCGCUAUGGAUAUGCACAUGUGGUGAACAACCUUUACCAGGGCUGGAUGCAAUACGCCAUAGGGGGGAGCAUGACUCCUAGCGUUAAGAGUCAAGCCAACCUAUUUAUUGCACCAAAAUCAGGGAACAAGGAGGUCACAUGGAGAAAGAGCAGUGAGGGGAAAACGGGCUCAUGGAAAUUCUUCUCUGUGGAUGAUGUUUUUGAAAAUGGAGCUUCUUUUGUUCAAUCAAAUGCUGGUGGGACAAAGCCAGGCUAUAGUCGCGAACAAGAUUUCGCAGUCGUAGAUGCAAGAUAUGUGAGGUCAUUGACAAAAUCUUCAGGUGCAUUACGAUGCACCCCGCGAUCUAAAUGCUAA